AAGUGGUUAUUCAGUGCGGUCCUAUUUGCAUUUUUAUAUGGAGAACGAAGGGGAAAAAAGAUUAAAGUAAUCGAAAUGAUGAAACGAUAUUACAUUAUGACAUAAAUAUUUUUAUAUAAGUAAACAUUCGCUAAUUCCAAAUUUUCUUUUUUUAACGACAGUACUAACUAGAGUCUUUUUAAUCGCGUCUCCUUUUGGGUAUUUUCGUUGUUUCAUCUAAGGUAGAUCUCGUUGCUAGAACUGUACUCGCCAUGUCCUCAUGUUUAAUGGAGGUAGAUGGAUCACAAAGUUUUGUUGAGGUGUUGUUAUCUAAUGAUUCUGAUCGAUGGAUGGAUUCCAUUGUUCAGGUGAAAAAUAUGGUAAUUGGUAACAAUAAACAGAAAAGUCAAGUAAUUGUUCAAGGAUUGAUUCCCAGGUUACUUCAGUGGAUGAUGCAUGAUAACAUCCCUUUGGAUCUGAAAAUAGAAUGCUCUGUGGUUUUGGGGAGUUUAUCAAAAGGCACAGAAGCCAACAUUGUCAGUUUAAUAGAAGCUGGUUCAGUACCUAUAUUACUUGCUGGCAACAGACUUGCUAAUUAUGAUCUGAAAUAUGUAGAAGCUUGUUUACGCUGUCUUCGUACUGUCUUUCUCUGUAAUAGUGCUCCCAAAGAACACAUUUUUGAGGAUUCCAGUAUAAUCCCUUUACUAAUUAAUGUCCUGCCAAAAUCAUCAUGUACACAAGAAUGUGUUACUACCAUAUUUGCUAAUUGUUGCAAGACUCCAGAACAUCAAAAUAUGCUGUGCAGUAAUGGUGCCAUUGAAGCUUUAGCUCCACUCUUGAAGUGUAAUAUUUAUAAAGUUCAAAUGCCAACUCUUCGUUGUUUCUCUGUGAUGUGCUACCAAAAUGAAGACGUUGCACAGGCUAUUGCUAACUAUGAUAAUGGCAAAGGAGAUACUAUUUCAGAAAUGCUUGUACGACUUCGUAAUCGAGAUAAAACAUCAGAAAUGCAAAUGGCUGCUGCUAAAUGUCUAACUUAUUUAUAUCGAGGUGGAGCUCUUAUGGCUAAUGAUCCAAUAAUAAUGUUGAAGACUUUACCUACUUUAAUUCGUAUGUGCAAGAAGGACCGCACUUUAGAAGAAAAUGUGGAAGGAGCUGAAACUCUAGCGUAUCUCAUUGAAGUAAACUCUGAGCUGCAGAAAGUGGCUUCUAUUUCAGAUCACCUAAUUCGAACUCUAUCUGAUUAUUUAAAAUAUACCAGUGUCCAACAGAUCAGUAGUACACAGAACACACAAAAAAAAGAUAUUCAUUGGGGUAAUGAACUCAAACAGGCAGCAUUCAAAGCAUUUGCUUCUCUUGGAGCCAAUGAUGAAGAUAUUCGCAAAAAGAUUAUUGAAACAGAAAAUUUGAUUGAUCAUAUUACUAAUGGCAUGGAGAGUAGUGACGUUAAAGUUCAAGCAGCAGCUGUGCGAUGUUUGCACAGUUUGUCACGUUCGGUCCAACAAUUACGCACAACGUUCCAAGAUCAUGCUUUAUGGAAACCAUUACUUAAGAUGCUGCAGAAUGGGCCUGAAGAAGUAUUACGUGUUGCAUCUUCAACUCUAUGCAAUUUGAUGCUAGAAUUCUCCCCUAGUAAGGAAGUAAGUGAACUUGCAAAACCUAUUCUUGAAACUGGGGGUUUGAACAUUCUGGUCAAGCUGACCAACAGUGAUGAUUCCUUGCUCCGAUUAAAUGGUGUCUGGGGCUUAAUGAACAUGACUUUCCAAGUGAGUGACAAGAUGAAACACCAGAUCCUGGAAUCAUUACAGACAGAACAGUUAUUCCGCUUGCUGUCUGACCCUGAUCCUAAUGUAUUGCUCAAGACACUAGGACUUCUAAGGAAUCUACUUUCUCCCAAAACACACAUUGACAAUGUUAUGAAUGGCUAUGGCGACCAAAUUAUGCAAGCUGUUGUUUUUAUCUUGGAAGGUGAACAUUGUGUUGAUAUCAAGGAACAGGCUCUGUGUAUAUUAGGUCAUAUUGCUGAUGGAAAGACUGCUAAGGAUUUCAUCGUGGGGAAUGAAGAUGUUCUUCGAAAAUUAAUAAAUUAUAUGGUACACAAUAAUGAAAAAGUCCAACUAGCUGCAGUCUAUUGCAUCUGUAACCUGGUGUGGAAUGAUGAUGAGGGGUCGGCAGAAAGACAAGCACGGCUGCGAGAUUUAGGUGUUCAGAAAUCUCUUCAACAACUGUCCACAACAACUACAGGGGAUCUGCAACAAAGGGUGAAGCUAGCUCUUCAGCAAUUUUCCUGACAAUAUCUGAAACUAUUUGCUGUGGAUCCCGAGCAGAGACUGUAGCAGGAUAUCCCAACAACUAUUGGCAGAGAGCAGAAUGCUUUCUCAAACAACAUCGCUGCUAUUUCUUGUCCAGUUAUUGUAGGCAAGACAUGAUGAAGUUUGUUUCUCACCUUGACUAGCUGGAGAUUUUGGAAUACAAGUGCAAAUAAUAUUGCAUUUUCUGUUGUAUUGCUAAUCACCGGAAUGAUUUUGUGUGUGUGUAAGAUUUUGCUACAACAUAUGCACUCUAUUAACAUAAUCAAGUGGUUAACAGCAAACGUUGGGUUACUGUACAUUGCAGACUUUUAAAUACGUUGGUAAUGUGAGUGUGUGACAAGGUACAUUUUCUUGAUGUGCCUUCUAAAACGAGAUUUAUAUGAUUUAAAGUUUUGCUCUUUAUUAGAUAAAAGUGUCUGUGUAUAUACAUGUAUGUGUCCAUGUGAAAUUUUGUGUGUGUUCUUAAAAAUAAAUUCAGUAUACACACAGAAACACAUCAGUAUGCAUGACAUUAGUUUUUAUUUUUUUUAAACAAUUUCCUUUGAUUUCAUCAUUAAAAUUUCCCUAUUAUCUGACUGGAUACUUGGAAUGUCAGUGAUUUGUAACCCAAGUAAAAUAAACUGUCAUAUUGUCAUAUCGAACAA